AUGUUACUUUACAUUUACUGCAUUGUAUUUUAGAGGCCGUCUAUUAAGGAUAUGGAAACGAAAAAUGCAACAGAGCUGACAGAGUUUGCUCUCACAGGACUUACAUAUCAACCAGAGUGGCAAAUCCUCUUGUUCCUGCUGUUCUUAAUGCUAUACCUCAUCACCAUUGUGGGAAACCCUGGUCUGAUUGCUCUCAUCUGUAAUGACCCUCACCUUCACAUUCCCAUGUACUUAUUCCUUGGGAGCCUGGCUUUUGUAGAUACUUGGUUAUCACCCACAGUGGCCCCCAAGAUGCUGGUCAACUUCUUUGCCAAGAGCAAAAUGAUCUCUCUCUUUGAUUGCAAGAUACAAUUUUUUUCCCUUGCAAUCUGUGUAACCAUGGAAUGUUUUUUGCUGACAACAAUGGUGUAUGAUCGCUAUGUGGCCAUAUGCAAACCACUACAUUAUCCAGUGAUUAUGACGACUAGGCUAUGCAUCUGGCUAUUAAUUUUGUCAUUUUUAGGUGGCCUUUUCCAUGCCAUAUUUCAUAAUGCUUUUUUAUUCAGAUUACCUUUUUGCAAUUCCAUCAUAGUACAUCACUUUUACUGUGACAUUAUACCAUUGUUUAAGAUUUCCUGUACUGAUCCUUCCAUUAAUUUUCUGAUGAUUUUUAUUUUCUCUGGGCCAAUACAGUUGUUCACUAUUUUCAUUGUUCUUUUGUCUUACACACUUAUUCUCUUUACAAUCUUAAAAAAGAAGUCUGUAGAAGGCAUAAGGAAGGCCUUCUCCACCUGUGGAGCCCACCUCCUAUGUGUCUCUUUAUACUAUGGGCCUCUUCUUUUCAUGUAUGUGUGCCCUGGAUCCACACAAGCAGAUGAUCAAGAUAUGAUGGACUCUCUAUUUUACACUGUCAUAAUCCCUUUGUUAAAUCCAAUUAUCUACAGCCUGAGAAAUAAGAAAGUCAUAGAUUCACUGACAAAAAUGUUAAAGAGAAAUGCUAAUAGGUGUUCUUUUUUCAUUAAAACAGCACAUAAUUGUACAGGUUAG